ACUGUGAGCUGCGGAGAUUCUUUGCAUGAUGGUUGUCAGGCCCGCCUUCUGCACAAAAUGAACUUCACACCGCGAAGUUUACCGUGAGCCGCCAAAUUGGGCGUUUGUCAUCACUCUCGCCGGCAUCUUCAUUGUGAUGACAUCACCUUGGUGGGCUUGUGCACGUGUGUCUGCCCAGCGCCGUCAAGCCGCUGACAUCGAGCAUCACUAGCUGCGACAGGACAUGUAGCGCUUCAGCGAAGAAUCAAAGCCCAUUGUCGCUCGGCUACAUGUACUGGGCUCGAUGAAUCGUCGAGAUUAUCGACGAUGAUCGAGGGCAUGCAACGAUCUUCCAGCAGUAGAUCAGCAUGGCCGCCAGAUUUCUGAAGAAUCGAACCUCCGCUCAUGCUUCCCAUCCCCCAGCCACGUCGUCAUUGUCACGCAAUCUGGGCAUAGUGAAACCAAAUAAUUUUGAGAUGGAUUCCAUUGCGGCACAGCUCCCAGGCCCGAACGGGAAAAGCGCCACCAAAUUCUUCCCGGUCGGUGGCUCCAGCAGCUGUACACUGGCCUGCUGGUUCAAUUAGUACUGAGAACGCCCCCCUGGCGCGAAAGCCUGUCGUGAGUACGCCGCGUCACCACCACUCACGAUCAGAGCAUGAAGGAAGUCACCUCGCUGCCCCGCACACCUACGAUGGCCGCCGCUGCGCCCGCUCCGGGACCCAACAGCGCGCACCUGCACACCGGAACGGAGCUUGGCGGCGCCGCUGGGGACCCGACUGGCGGCGACGUCGCUGCUGAUAUGGAGCUCAUGGGCGCCACCAACCGUGACAUGUUCUCGUGGCUGCUGUUCAACUCGGAGAACAUGACGGCGCCUGCAGGUGUGGGAGGCCACCCACCGGUCGACCACGCACAUGCUCAUGCGCUAGCUACUUCUAUGGCGCUGGAUGAUCCGUUCCGAAUGCUCGGCCCGGGCGAUGACACCAGCCUCCCGCUGACUUUGCACCCAGUCACGACCUCGGCGCAGCUCAUCCAAACGGGAGCGCUCACGGCGGCGCUGCCGGCCACAACGCCUGCCACUACCACACCCCCGGUCACCAUGUCGGCGCCUACCAAGCCUGUGCAGAAUCAGCGCGGGAAAAAGCGCUCCGCCGCCGAGGUGGCCAAGGAUCUGCACGGCAAACCCUUGACCAAUACUGAGGGUCUGCUACGGCACCUUGAGAGCGCCAAUAACGCGCUGGUGCAAAAGCGCCAGGCCGGGCACAAGAACAGCGUCGCGGUCCCCGCUGCAGCGGCUGUUCCGGCUGUCAAGUCGCCCAAGACGGAGAAAACUCCGGCGUCCAGCAGCAGCGACAGUAAUAACCCAAGCGACAUGACGAGCCUACAGCGCAAGCUUAAGCUCGAGCGCAACCGCGAGUCGGCGCGCGAGUGUAGACGUCGCAAGAGGGAGCACAUCUUGGGCGUUGAGGAGCGCUGCCGCCAACUUGAGCGCGAGAACAUGGAGCUCCGUGGACAGCUGAAGGCCGGCAAAGAGGCAAUCCGGCAAGAAGAGAAGGAGAAGAACCGCGUAUGUGAGGAGCUUGAGAAGAUGAUCCAGCGCGGUGCCUCGGAGAAGGAGCUUGCCGAGAAGAUCGACAAUUUCAAAGAGCAGUACUCGGACUACGGCCACGGCCGCCGAUCGGCGCUAAGCUACCAUCUGCACCAGAUUGAGCGAUUGCUCCUACCCACGCAGGUAACCAAGAUGUGCAUCUGGGCCCUGCGCCAGGACGACAGCUUCUGGCAGGACGAGGAGGAUGAGACCAGUUUGCCGGUCAUCUUGGCCAAGGAGCUCGGACUGAGCGAGGACCAGAAGAAGAAGAUCCAGCAGCAACGAGGGUCAAUCUCACUCAUUUGCGAGAACCUCAAGAGCGCCCUGGGACUGCUCGCGGAGCUCAAGACGGAAGUGACCAACAAAAACUCCACCUUAGACAUGGAGAUGGACAAGUUGCAGAAUAUCCUUACCCCCACCCAACGCGCCAAGUUUAUCGUGUGGGUGACCAACAACCAAGCGUGCAUGCAUCUACUGAACAAGCUGUGGCGGAGUGUGCUAUGAGCACAUUGAGAGGGAAAGAUUGCGUUCGCUAUCAUGCGGCUGGCGUGAACUACCGCAGAUUGUCGGAAAUUGCAUAUGCGUGAGAGUUUUAUUGGCGAGAGCUGGGGUGACUGACUAUAUGUGCCCCGGUGUGGCGGGUCCCGUGGAGAGGGCAGAAGUUAGAGGACAAGCUACGGGGAAGCUCUGGUGAGGAUAUGCGACUUUCGGUUUAUGGAUAGAAGACAAUUGGCCAUCAUGGAGAUUGUUUUUUAUUUGUAUGCUCUCUCGUAAGGCUGCUGGUGCUUAAAUUCGUUCUUCCUUUGCUUGAAGAAUGUCGAUACUUCUGUGUAAAGUACGGUUUACUUUUGCAA